AUGGGUAUCUGUUCUAAUCGACAGAAAGAAAAUUUACAUACAGACUUUGAUAACAUUCCUUUGUUAACGAGAGGUGAACUUGGAUUUGAUAUAAUUGUCGAAAAUAUAAAAGUAAAAAUGGAUGAUAUAUAAAGUUGCAAAGUGAAAGUGAUUAUUUCGAAUUAUUCAACCUUUGAGACUGAAAUUGAGACUGAAAUUUCAGGAUAAUUUUAUUUUAAACAUAUUCACAAGGUUUAAUUGAAAACUACUGAGGAAUAACUAAAAUAACAAUUUGUUAUUGUGGAACUUAAGAGUGACAAGGAUGAGUAGAUUUCAUCGUUUAAUCUGAACUUGUAUUAGAUCGCUACAGGUCCAUUUCAUUUUGAUUACGAAUUCUCUUAAUAAGGAAAUAAAAAACUCGGAAAAGUGAGUUUUGAUUUUAGAAUGGCACAAAUUCUUAUUGUUAGAUUUAUUCCAAAACUCAUUGAUUUCAACAUGGAGGAACUCUUAAAUAAACACGAGUAUUGUUUCUAAUUGAGGAUGCUGACAUCACAAUUACAAUUUCAUUCUGAAUACUCACCUGUCUUUCAAAAUCAAUUAUUCUAUAAAUCACAAUAAAUAUAAUCCAAUAAAUAAAUAUUAUGGAAAGAUUCAAAAGUUGAAAUGGAAGUGGAAGUACCUUUAAUUGAAAUAACAUCUUCCUCUAUUCAAAUUGCUUUGUGUCAUAUUACAAAGGAUGGCAAAAAAGAAAUAGAAUGUGAGGCAUACGUUAAUUUAAAUUACGCAUUAAAUUAAAAAGCUGAAUGCAUUGUGGAUAAGGGCAUUAAAUGUUAUAAGAUAGACUGGAAACAAAACAAUAGAAGAGUAUGGAACCAUGGGGUCUUAGAAGGAGUGCUUAAUUAUCAUCUAGAAAUCAUUCUGCCAUUUCAUCUAAAAUAGCAAAUCGUUGGAGUUCGUACUGAUAAAGGAGUAUCCUAAGGAACUAGAGUGAUCAAUUAAGCCAAAGCAAGUAUAAGGGAGAUUCAACAAUUAAGUUCUGCUGGAUAAGGUUUAUUAGAUACUUAAUACAUUAUUUUUAGUAAAGCUGAGCCUGACUCAGAAUUGAUACAAUAAUAGAAUGAUUUUAUCAUUCAGAUCAUUGAAAACUUAAAGUUAAGUCACAAACAAUCUAUGAUCUGUUUUGAAUACAAAACUCAAUAGGAUCUCUUUAAUUCUUAAAAACUAUUAAUUGAUUUAGCAAUUAAAUUAUUGGAAACUGCAGAUUAAUAAUAAGAGCUAUUAAGGGAAUAAUACUAUACAAUACUUAAAUUAAUAUUGAAUAGAGGAGAACUCAGUUUGGCUUAGCUAGGAUUUUCGGAUUAAACACAAAAAACAAAUGACAAGUUAAUAAAGUUCAAAAUGGAAAUUGGUUUAAAUUAUUAGAUCUUUUUAUAAAAAGGUUUAUCAAUAACAUUAGAAAAGUUGAAAUAAAGGUCAUUGGCACAAAAUGAAAGAUUCUUUGUUGAAAACUUCUUAGCAAAUGCAUAUUUUAGAAUACCAGAAUUAAGAAAUACAAUAAUUGUUAGUGUUUCAAGACCAAAUGAUGAAUAAAUUCCAGAAUGGAGAUCUUUAACUAAGUCAAGUGGAGGGAUUUCUAAUUAAGAAUUUAAUGAUAUUUUUGAUUGGAAUAAGCAUUUUUAUGAGUAUCUAAUGAAAGAACCUAAAUAUUAUGGCAAUAAUCAUAAAAUGAAUGAAAUUAUCAAUUAACCAUUGUGGUAAAAACAAUUAGGAAAAAGAGGAAGCGUUUUCUUUUUAUUUAUAAAAGAAUGGUGUGAUUUGUUAAAUACUUAUAUAGUUAAUAGUAAAAAUGUUCCAUAUCACUAAUUACCUGGAUAUUUUCAACUGAUAAAGGCAUUUUUCUCAGAAUUAAAGUCAAGAGAAAUAUGCAAUUACCCAGAAGCACUUAAAAUAGCUUUAUGUUCUUUGCUUAAAAACACCAAUUUGUUAAAUACAAUAAUAAUAAUCUUAUUCAACAAAGUUAGUUUAUACAACUCUGAUGAUGUAAUUCAUUGUUUAGAUCUAUUAAAUAAAUGUUUUUAAAAGAUAAGCCAAUUCAACUUAUGUAUGCCAUCAUUCUUGGAUCAAAAAUACUUUUUAAAUGGAAUUAAAGUUAUCCUUACUUAGUGUGAGCACGCAUAAAGCAUAGCAAAAUGCUUAGAAUUGAUCUACACCAACUACAUAUUAUUUCCAGGUAUAUUUUAAUCAAAAAUAUCUUUAGUGGAUCUCAAGAAAGAAUUAACUGACAUGAUAUUUGAAAACCUAGCAAUCAAAUUUUUCAUUCAUUGGUCUUAUAACGUCAGAUUAAUAUUUCGUUAGUUUUUGAUUUAUCGCAUAUUUCAUUUGCAUAAGCCUCUUAAAGAUAGAGAAUUAAAUGAAGAAGAUCUAAUUGAAAAAUAUUAAGAGUAAUUGAAACCAAAGAAAUAACACAGUUAUUUUGACUAAAGAAACUCUUCCAAAUAGAUUAUAUCUUAAUAUAUUUACUUAAAGUACAUUAGAUUUAUGUAACAAAUAGAAGAAGGCAAACAUUUAUCCAAAUUUAAAUCAAGUCAUUUUAUAUUGGUCACUCUUAAUAGAGUUGAAGAACUAAAAUACAAGCUUAAGAAGCUGUAGUCAAAAGUUUAGAAUAGAUAAAAAGAUGAUAGUUUUGUUUAACAUUCUUUUAAAAUUAUCUCUAAUGAUUAACUUGAUGAUACAGCAUUACCAAUUCAAACAAUAGAACAAAACUCAGAAAAACCUGUUUUCAAUAAGGGGAGGUUGCCUUUAUAAAAAAUUACAUUGACUGAAACUUAAUUAAAAUACUUGAUUUAAGCCUGCUCAGAAUAUGAUGAUUCCAUCCUAUAAUAUUAAAAAUGGAGAUAAACUAACAUUCCUGAUAACUAUAAUACUUUAACAGAAGAACAAAUAUUAACUGUAAUCGAAUCUUUCGUCGUACCUGUUGUGAGAAUUCUAGAAAUUUAAGAUUAAAAUGAAGGAAAUCUUAUACAGAGAGAUGACUGGUGA